CAAUUAAAACCCCACCAAAACCAAUUAAAAAACCACAAAUAAACUCUGGUCCAUUUAAGAAAUCAUUAGAUCUUUCAAAACUAUUACCAUAUUUAAAUUUAAGAAAUAUAAAAACCACUUUUGAAAAUAGUGUUUUAUCAAUUAAAAUAUCAAAAAUAGACUAUAACAAUUACAAUAACAGAUUUAGAAUUUUUUAAAUAAAAUAAAUAAAAUUUAGAUUUUUAAAAGAUAAUUUUUUAUAAAAU